CCGAUCAAUGACAUUUUGCGUUCCACCAACUUUUUAAAAGAAGUUCAAAGCGAUUGAACGGAGUUCAUCGUGAACGGUCAUUUUUGGCCGGUUAACGAAUUUAAACGUCGUUCAAGCAGAAGCUAACAUGAAAAAUUAAUAUUUUAAGGUUAAUGUGCAAUGUCUUCUUCAUAUAGUAUAUACAAAAAAACGUAAUGGCAUAUUAUAAUAUUUUAUCGUCAUCUGACGACGACGAAGAUAUAAUCCGAAGACCCAGAAGAUUUAAACGACGCAUGAACUAUUUUGAUGAUUUGGACGACAUUGAAUUUAAAAUGAGAUUUCGCCUAAACAAAAAUAGCAUUCUUCUAAUAUUAAAUCACAUAGAAGAAGCAUUAAUAUUUCGAUCAAACAGAAAUAAUCCUAUAACUCCAAUGCAACAACUUCUCUUAACACUCAGAUUUUAUGCAACAGGAUCUUUUAUAAUAUCUGCAGGUGAUUUUGCUGGAGUUAGCACUACUAGUGCUCACAGAAUUAUUCAUCGUGUUACGAACGCAAUUGCCAGACUUCGACCACGUUUUGUACAAUUUCCUACUAGAAAUAAUGAAAUAAAGAAACAACAAUUGGAAUUUUAUAAAAUUUCUCGAUUUCCUAGAGUUAUAGGUUGUAUAGAUUGUACACAUGUUCGUGUUCAAUCAUUUGGUACUGAAAAUGCAGAACUAUUUAGAAAUAGGAAAGGAUAUUUUUCUUUAAACGUGCAAGUUGUGACAAAUAGUAAUUUAGAAAUUACUGACAUAGUAGCUCGAUGGCCUGGAUCAACACACGAUAGUACUAUUUUUAAUAAUAGUCGAUUGCGUGGUACAUUUGAACAAGGAAUGUAUAGGGAUGGACUGUUAUUAGGUGAUAGUGGUUACCCUAUAAAAUCAUAUUUAAUGACACCAUUAUUAAAUCCACGAACUCCUGCUGAACAACUUUACAAUGAAUCGCAUAUACGUACUCGAAACAUAAUUGAGCGGCUCUUUGGAAUUUGGAAAAGACGUUUUCCAGUUUUAGCUUUAGGAUUACGUUUACGAUUGAACUCAGUAAUGGCUGUAAUAAUAGCUACUGCUGUUUUACACAAUGUUGCUCGUCAAAAUGGAGAUGAAGAACCACUCGAAGAUCCUAACUUAAAUCUUCCAGCACCUUGGGAAGAAAUAUUUAAUUAUGGCAAUAUAAAUCCUGAUAAUGUAGACUACAGAAAUAAUGACAAUGCAGCUGACAGAAGAAUACUUAUUAACGACUAUUUUCAUAGUUUAUUGUAAAUUUCGACAAAGAAAAUGAAGAAGAA